GCGUCCCGGGUCGCCAUGGCCCUCCCGGAGCUGGCGCUCAAGCUGCAGCGGCGACUGCAGCGGGAGGCGGCGGCGGCGGCGGCGGAGGAGGAGGAGGAGGGCCCCCCGCAGGCGGAGCCCCGCGCCCCGGCCGCGCGGGACCCGGAGCCCGACCUCCCGGGCCGGGCGCCCCCCGGCAGCGCGGACGCCGAGCUGAGCGCGCAGCUCACCCGCCGGCUGCACAUCAACGCGGGCGCCGCGCGGCCCCGCCGCUGCAGGGUCUUCCACCCCUACUCCGAGUUCCCCGAGCUCAGCCGCCGCCUCGUCAAGGACCUGGAGAACAGGUUCAAACUGUAUGACUCUGGACGGGAUGGCUUCAUUGACCUGAUGGAGCUGAAGCUGAUGAUGGAGAAGCUGGGAGCUCCCCAGACCCACCUGGGCCUGAAAAACAUGAUCAAGGAAGUAGAUGAGGACUUUGAUGGCCGGCUCAGCUUCCGUGAGUUCCUGCUCAUAUUCCACAAGGCUGCAGCUGGGGAGCUGGAGGAGGAUAGCGGGCUGAUGGCGCUGGCAAAGCUCUCGGAGAUCGAUGUGGCCCAGGAGGGCGUCAAAGGUGCCAAGGACUUCUUUGAAGCCAAGGUCCAAGCUUUGUCCUGUGCCAGUAAGUUUGAAGCUGAGCUAAAAGCCGAGCAAGAUGAGCGGAAGCAGGAAGAGGAGAAGAGGAGGAUCCGCCAGGCGGCCUUCCGGGAGCUCAAGGCGGCCUUCAGUACUUAGGCUGUCUUGACCUCCAUCCACAGUGCCUCACAGAUGCCCCCAAGAGAGCUGGCUGGGCAUCUUCACCCCUGCCCCCCCUGCCCCCCAACCAGCCUCUGCCCCACCACCCAAUGCAAGCUCCUUAGCCUCACGGGGUGAGCCCCUCCCAAGGGUCCCGGGAUGAGCCAACUGCCUCCCUUGCUUCUCUUUCCUGACCCCUUUCCUCUGUAGCCAGAUUGUGCCUCUACUUGGCAGUUUGUACUUUUUCCUUGUCCCUUUGCCAUUCUGCAUCAAAGAGUGUUAAUUUGUGCAGAUCUUUCUUUCUUUGAUGGCCCUCAGAGGAUAGUCCCUGGAGGGCUCUGAUGUUAACGUGGCCUGUUUUCUUGGGUAAUUCUCUGGCCCUCUCCUCUCUGGGUCCCCCUCCUCUUUGUUGGCCAUCCGACUUCCCUAUUUUCCUUCUGAGCCUGAUUCUGCCCGUUGCUUUUGCAUCUUCUGUCCUUUUUUGAUGGUAAGGUUUAAGGCAAACCAGGCUGGACCACUGCCUGUCCUCUCUUCAACAGGAGGAGUGGCACACUGCUGAGAUGACAAAAUAGAAGAAAAAUAGAACAUUCUGUUCCUUCCUAUCACCUUUCUCCUGUCCUCCUAGCAGUCUCCCACGACCCACCCUCUUCAUCCCCCCUCCAUUCGUUUGUUUUCAUUUCACCCUUUCCUCCUACUCUUAAAUACUAUGCUAUUUACCUGAAAGAAAAAGAGAAUUACCAGAAGUGCUAUUAAUGCGUAGAAGAAUCCCUGUUAAUUCUGACUAUGCAAAUUAUAUUACAGCAGACCCCUAUACUCCCAAGUGACAAAUCCAGAGCUUUUCAAAAUCCCCAAAGUCAUGACCAUCCUCAUCUGGCCAGUUUCCAACUUUUGCUCCCAAGAUGUCAAGAUGAAACUGUUCCUACCCCCACUGAAAAUUUUUAUGCAUUGUGUGCUCUUGGGAUUGCUCUCAAAUGCCAGGGGGUUUGUAUUUUUAAAAAAUAAUUCCUAGCGUCAUAUUUAUUACUUCUCUUUUGUAACUGCUGUCUUUAUAACAGGAAAACAUCUGCAUUUCUACUUUACAGCUGUCUCUUUUUAAAUAAACCAUGCAAAUGGACUUUGCCAUCACAUCAA